AUGUCGUCCAAUCUCGAGAAACCCCCCGUGAGUCCGCCAUCGGACUCCAAGGAAGCCCCUAUCGAGGGCACAAUCGAAGAGGGCAAUGUCGUUGAAGCCGGCGACAGCCAGCUUCUAGCCCAGCUGGGCUACAAGCAGGAACUGAAGCGCCAGUACUCGACCGUCCAGAUCUUCGCCAUCGCUUUUAGUAUCAUGGCGCUGCUACCUUCUAUCGCGUCGACCCUGUCGUUUUCUAUUCCAGCUGGGCCCGUGGGCAUGGUUUGGGCCGACCUUGCGUCUGCGAUGCCCACUGCCGGAGGCCUCUACUUUUGGACUCACCACUUUGCAAGCGAGAAGUGGCGGAAUCCACUCAGUUUCGUGGUCGGAUAUAGCAAUACCCUCGGUCUGAUUGGAGGUCUCUGUUCGAUCGACUAUGGAUUUGCCUUGAUGCUGCUUUCUCUCAUCUCGAUUGCCCGAGAUGGCGAAUGGUCUGCGUCUCGCCCGGUCAUCUAUGCCACAUACCUUGGCUGCGUGGUGGUCCACGCCGGGUUGGCAACCUUUUGCGGCCGCAUCAUGCACAAGAUCCAGUCGAUUUGCAUCUAUCUCAAUGUGGGACUUGUCGUCGCAACUGUCAUUGCCCUGCCCAUUGGAAACCACAAGAACGGAGUUCCCAUCAACUCCGGUGCCUAUGUCUUUGGUGACAUGGAAAACCUUACCACAUGGUCAACAGGGUGGACGUUCAUGCUCGCCUGGCUGUCACCUAUCUGGACAAUCGGCGCGUUUGACUCUUGCGUACAUAUGAGCGAAGAAGCAACGCACGCGAGCCGCGCCGUACCGAUGGGCAUUGUUCUCUCAUGCGGUCUCUGCGGUAUCCUGGGCUUUUUGUCACUUGCAGUCAUGGCUGCGUGCAUGGAUCAGAACCUUGAAAAUCUGCUUGGCUCCGCAUUUGGCCAACCGAUGGCCCAGAUAUACUACGACUCUCUCGGAAAGCCUGGAGCACUCGGUUUCAUGGCUGUUGUUGCCAUUGUCCAGUUCUUCAUGGGGUUGAGUAUUCUCGUCGCUGCCUCUCGCCAGACCUGGGCCUUUUCUCGCGAUGGCGCUCUUCCCUUUUCUACCUUCUUUCGCCAUGUCAGUAAACGCAUCCGCUACCAGCCGGUGCGGACCAUCUGGGGCGUGGCCUUUGCGGCAAUUAUCAUCGGACUUUUGACCCUCAUCGACAGCGCCGCUGCUAAUGCCCUCUUCUCGCUCGCCGUGGCCGGCAACGAUCUCGCCUGGGGCGUUCCCAUUUUCUGUCGUCUCGUGUGGGGAGACAAGACCGGACGCUUUCGCCCGGGCGAGUUUUAUACCGGCAUUUUCAGCAAGCCGAUUGCCAUAACUGCUGUUUUAUAUCUGGCAUUUGCGAUUAUCUUGGCCAUGUUUCCGACAGAGGGUCCCAAUCCUACGUCGGAUUCUAUGAAUUAUACCGUUGUUAUUAACGGCGCUCUUUGGCUCGGUGCUGCUUUGUACUACAUGCUGUUCGCGAGGAAAUGGUACACUGGACCCAAGUCGACUGUCAGUUAA